AUGUCCCAUUUCGCCUUUCUAUUUGUGCUUUUUGCCAUUUUGGUAUCACAAACAACAGCACAGUAUGGAAUGAUGGGAGGUAUGUAUCCAGGAAUGGGUAUGGGAUACGGAGGAAUGGGCGGAAUGGGCAUGUACCCAGGAAUGGGCAUGGGUUACGGUGGAAUGCGUCACAGACAUAUGGGUUACGGUGGAAUGGGUGGCAUGGGAUACGGUGGCAUGGGAGGCAUGGGAAUGUAUCCCGGCAUGAUGGGCAUGGGUAUGAUGGGUUAG